AUGCCUCCCGAGCCUGACUGGCUCAAGUACACCGGAUGCACGUCGUUCCGUGAAUUUGCAUUCAUAGCCGCGCGUAAUAACGCUAUCAUGAGAGCUAUCCACCUAUCCCGAGCAACGAAGGUUCACGAGGAACAAAUGAAGAGGGCGUUUGCCCGCUUGAAUGAGGCCAAAGCAGCCACAAAAAGACCCAAAGAUACUACGCGCAGCAUAAACAAUGACGGUAAUUCUGACUUGCUUUAUGACGCCGAUGAUGAAUGUGAAGAAAAAAUAGACGUCUUGGAGUCUGGAGACAAGGAAGGCGAUGAGACGGAUGCCAUAAAAGAAGGCUCAGAUGAAGUUGUGCCAGGCGCUGAAUAUGGCACCGAAGCCGAAUCUCAAAGAGACUCAUCAAAGCCUACGCCAGGAAGCGAGAAUCUCGUGGAGUCAGAAGAGCAAGAGAUUCACGACAUUGGAGGUCGAGGGCCAUUUGCUCUUCAUUCAUCUAACCCAAACAAUUCCACUCCGAGUGACAAUGAGGACGGGGAUAAUGAAGGUUACGAGGCCGGCGAGGACGAAGAAGAAGAAUAA